CUUUCUUUCUGCUGAGGCGUUGUGGGUAUAGUCUGAAGUAAAUGAGUUCUGAAAUUCUGUGAUCAAUUUAUAAAAGAAUUAGUAUUGUGUAAUGUGUCACAUGCUUUAUGAAAAUGGAUGUAUAUUUAAAAUAGUAUUUUAAAAGCAAAUUUAAAUUAUAUCCGCCAAAAACACUUUUUACGCUUUUUAGUUGUAUCCAGCCCAUUGUGGUUACUCUAGUUUUCUAAUAAUGGUUGAAAUCAAAGAGAUUGUUGGUGAAUCUAGUGCUGGCAGUGAGACAAGUCAAAAUGAAGCAGUUGAGCAACAAAAUGGGGAGGCGCCUGUAGACCAACAGCAACCUCCACAAGACAAUGGCCAACAGCCCACUAGGCUAGAAUCUUUCUUUGCUAUCACCAAAUCACUGCUACUACGAGCUGUUAUAUUUUACAUCAUAACAUCAUUCUUCCGACGUCCGGCUCCCACACCCGUGGAACAGGGGGGUGCUACUGCUCCCGUCAAACUUCCAGCCUUCAACUAUUUCGAAAAUGGAUCAUUAAUGGAUAUGUACGUGUUCCUCUCGGAGGAGGAGAGGUUUGUACGCUUCGACGACCCAUCAGCACUCAUCUGGAAGCAGCAGGAUCUGGUAUACGGAGACUGGACGGGGGGUCCCAAUGGUGACGGCACUUACACCAUGGACUACACCAUUCAAACUUCCGAGAAACUGAGAAAUAAUGGAUCGAUCUACCUGCACGUGUAUGUGGUGAAGCACGACAAACAUUAUGACCCCAGCAAGGGACCAGAUGAGAAGACAUUCCUCAGUCAGUACACAGCGCACACAACCAGACAACUGAACAAGUUCCGUAAACUGCGGUUCACCAAGACACAAAACUUGCUGACCGGAGAGACGGCUGCAACUCCAGAAGAGGUGUUGAAAGCAGAAACUUUGAAGACUGAGAUUGUGUCACACUGGCACCCUAAUAUGACAAUCAACCUGGUGACAGACCAGACCAACUGGGUCCAAGGUUCAGUUCCACCACCUAUAAACGAGUUCGUGGAGUUCACAGUAACAGGAGAACACUACAAGCCAAUUGUGUUCUUCAACGAAUUCUGGAAUCUGAUCAGGGAUUAUCAACCUAUCAAUGAGACCUGCAAAACACUCGAACUGCAGUUGACGUUCCAGCCUCUGUCCUUGUUCCGCUGGCAGAUCUACUCCACACAGACAAUGAAGAACAAGUGGAGCAUGAACCUGUUCCAGGAUGAGGCAGAGGACGAGGACCAAGACUCGCUUAAGGAAGCGCUGCUAGAAACAUCUCCAUACCUCCUCGGGGCCACAGUCAUCGUCUCUAUUCUGCACAGUGUCUUUGAACUCCUCGCCUUUAAGAACGACAUUCAAUUCUGGAAUAACCGUAAAUCCUUGGAAGGCUUGUCAGUUCGUUCUGUAUUUUUCAACGUUUUCCAGUCUCUGAUUGUUUUCCUGUAUGUGUUUGACAAUGAUGCAAACACACUGAUCCGGAUCAGCUGCUUCGUAGGGUUUUGCAUCGAGUUGUGGAAAAUAAAUAAGGUAGUAAACAUCUCACUGGACAGGGAGAAUAGGAUAUUGGGUCUGCCACGGCUGAAGUUUGAGGACAAAGGCUCGUAUGUAGAGAGCAGUACCAAGCAGUACGAUCAGCUAGCAUUCAAGUACCUGUCAUGGGUCUGCUAUCCACUGUUAAUCGGCUACGCAGUCUACUCACUCAUAUAUCAGGAGCACAAGGGCUGGUACUCGUGGGUGCUCAACAUGAUAUAUGGCUUCCUUCUCACAUUUGGUUUUAUAAUGAUGACACCUCAACUGUUUAUCAACUACAAGCUAAAGUCUGUGGCUCAUCUGCCCUGGCGUAUGAUGUCGUACAAGUGUCUCAACACCUUCAUAGACGACAUCUUCGCUUUUGUCAUCAAAAUGCCCACCAUGUAUCGAUUAGGUUGCUUCAGAGAUGACAUAGUAUUUUUCAUUUUCCUGUACCAGAGAUGGAUCUACAAGACUGACCCAAAGAGAAUUAAUGAAUUUGGUUACUCUGGGGAGAUGGAGGAGAACACUCCUGCUGCAAUAGAACCAGUUGCAAAUGGGCAAGAGACUCCAUCCAAGGACAGCUUGGCAAAGAAACAAGAUUAACACUUCAACAAAAAGUAGUUGUUAAUCUGUAAAUGUUGUUUAGCAUCAAUAAAAUAGUAUUUACUAUUGUUUUUUUUAUGUUUUUGUUGAUAUUUUAAUAAAAAACAUAAAGUCUCUUAAGAUGUUACAAACUUUACAUUUAGUGUUUUAUAUUUGUUUGUACUCUUUAAUUCUGUUCAGUAGUUAGUUACCAUUUAAACAUUUUUCCAUAUUUAUUUAUAGCACUUAUAUUUUGUGAUAGAUUUUUUCUGUUUAAAAAUUAUUACUUUAUUUUUGUGAACUUAUAAUUAUAAUACUUUUAGAUGUACACAUUCUUUGUACAGAAAAGAACACAAAAUGUUGCUAUCUAGGUUUUAAAGAAAAUCAAUUUUCCAGUUACUGUGAUAGGUUUCUGUUUGGUGGUUAAGUUAGUUAUUUGUAAGUGUGUAAUAAAAUAUUCAGUAAUUUUGUUUAUACAAAAAGUGUGUAUUUGAGCGUUCUGAAAUCACAGAAUUGUGUAAUAGAGCUGUAAAAGAUUGUAACAAAUUAUUGUAUUAAAAAGUAAUCUUUUCUUAUUUCUUUGAUAUUAUUCAAUUAGGCAAUACUUGCAAAUUUUAGUUUUUUUGUGAGUAGUUUAAUUCUUAAAAUAAAGAGUAUUUAUAAUCAGAAUGAUGUAUUUAAGUUAGUAAUACAUUUAUUUAAAGUUUUUCUCUCCUUUUGUCAAAAUGAGAAGGUUCGUGCAAAUGCUAAAUAUUAGAGUAUUAUUAUUUAGUAAAUAUUUAUUACGCCAAGUGUUUGUUUAAAGUUUUACUUGAAAGUAAUAUCUAAUAUCAUUCCACAAAAAUGUGACAUACUUAACCCUUUCCACUCGGAUGUCACCACUCCUGCUGACAAACCUGAAUAUGUUUAUGGAAUCUUAAGACAUUUUAAAAUUAAUUAAGCUCAAGAGAUCAGUAAAAACUAUAAAAUUAAAGUAUUUAAAAAAAUAUUUGUUAUGUUUGUGUAAGAAACAUACAUACAUACUUACACUUAUGCAAGAUAAGCAUGUUGCUGUGAGAAACUACUGAUACCUCUCAAUUGUUACAUGUUUGUCGCACCUGGAUUAUGCAAGCGUAUCUUUAAAGUGGUCGUGCUCGCUUAUUCUUGGACGGAUUUCAUAAGAAAAAGUGCCGCAAAACAUAUGUAUUAGUCUAAAUAAGUUAAUAACAAUAUUUUGUUCAAAGCCAUGUAUUUUUACUGAAAAUAAAUGAAAGUACAAAAGAACAACAGGCUCCAGGACAUGUGAGUGGAAAGGGGGUAGUAGACAUUAUUAUGCAAUGAGUGAUCCAAAUAAACUAAACUAACAGCAUCAGAGAAUAAUGUCAGUUUUUUUAUAACAUUAUUUCUCAAUAAUAUAAAAAUUAUUAAUUAUGAUAUCUUAUAAUUAAUGUCUAAAUCAAAUUAUUUUUUGAACCUUAGAGGAUGCAGAACACACAAAAUAUACAACAGCACAAAUACUAUAUGAAUAAUAUUAAAAUCAACCUGGCACUGGGAGUGUGUGUAUAGAUUUUGGGUUGCUGCUGUCGAUUGCUUUAAAAAAAUAUUUUUUCCCUAACUCAACCGAGUAAAAUUGUGAUUUGGAACAGAAAAGUUUUGGCAAGAUCAGUAUGUUGGUUGUUGUACGCAUCAAAUUAAAAUAAAUUGCACUCAACCUAUGAUUGUAUGUCAUUCAAUUGUAAACAUUUUGAAAAUUAAUAAAUCACAAGUGUAAAAAUGUUUUUACUUUUUUCAGAACUAAAUGUCUCUUUAAUGCUUCAACAGAAUGUUUAUAGUUGAUAAAGUAGUGCAUGCAAUCGAGCAAGCAUGCAAGGAUGUGGUAUAUUUAGUAUAACUCUUCAUUAAGGUGCAAUAUUGACUUAGCAUAUCAAUAACUUCAAGAAACGGCCUGGAGCAGUGUAACGGCAGCAGUUAAUGAGUUGAUGAUAUACUAUAGACAAACCGCUUGUAAAGAAACCUGCGCAGAAGCAAAUAUCUAAGCAGCACUGCGCAGGAGGGGCCUCCCUCCGGCGGGGGGGGGGGUGUGGCGAGCAGUGGUGGGGAGCGGGACCAGCAUCAUCUUGUAUUUGUUUCAGCUGUGUGGUGGGAACCUAAUCGGUUAGAUGUCUAAAAUAAGUUGUUAUUUAUAACAAUAAACUAUUUUCAAACGAGCAAUCUGUCUGCUUAAAUUUUAGUAAUUUAUCUAAAACAUCUGUAAGGGAAUAACCUCACUUAUGAUGAAUCAAAGGCGUAUGAAUCAACCAAGUCCAUUGUUCAUAAGUAUUAACAUUUAGAAUAUUAAUUAAUGUAUCUGAUAACUUACAAUUACAGUUUUUAAAUCAGUUUUAAUAUAUACAUUUACGAGAUUCCUGAAACAAUACAUUUAUUGUUACAUAUAUAUCCAUUCACUUUACGAUAUGCUGUUUCUUCCUCUAUUCGUUUACUUUUUUGCAAGCAGAUCCUUUCGUUCACUCGGUCAUUCCGUUCUGUCGUUCAUUUUGUUCGGUCAACACGAUGACCGGUGUGACACGCUCUAGUGGGAAGGCUCAGUAACUCUGUACUAACCGGUUCAAUUGAACGGAUCGCAGCAGUGAACGAUACUGACUGAGCCGGAUCAGUCAAAUUAUCCGAUUGAGUGAGUGCCGUGCAGUGGUGGGGAGAUUGGGAUAGGGCGGCAUCACAUCGGUGGGGGGGUAUUUACCCCACCCUGUGUGAACUCAAAUCGUCCGGAGUCUUUUUGUAAGCGGUUUACCUAAAGUUACAGUCACAGUUCAAAUUAAAAUUAAAAUCUAAAUGUUUUACUAUUAAAAGUAGAUGUAAUAUUGUAUUACCUAUUUAUUCCAUUAUUUUUGUCAACGAAAAAUCACUAUUAAAGUUUAUCUAAACGUAUAUCAACUUUCUUCCUCCUCAGUUUUGAAGCAGUCAUCACGGUCAUGUAUAAACUUUAAUUUACUUGGUGUUUAAUUCAGUGACGUGUUUAUAAAGGCGGCUGAGUUUGCUAAUUAAGUUGACAUACUUGCUUUGUAGAAAAUCUAUAAAUGACAAUAAAAACUUCAAAAUAUGUAGCCUUGAACUUCUUAAUAUAAUGUAAGCUUGACUGGGUUGAAAAUUGGUUAAGGCAUGUUUUUAUAUUACACUGAGAGACUUGUUACAAGGGAAAUAUCUCACUCCAGUUUUAUGUGUUACAGCUGCUGAGUUUGUAAUUAUUUGUAAAAAUAGUUAUUUCUUUGUUAUGGAUAUGAAUGUUUACUGAUUUGUUCCUGACUAGAAAUAAUUUAAGACCUGCUUUUAUGAAACAAAUAAAAUUAUUCAAAAUCA